AUUCAUAUUUCUCAUCUGACGCUGACUGUGGACUGCUGAGCAGAGAUUCUUGAUAAUUUUCCACAGCAGAAAAUCUCAGUAAAAGCCAGUGGUCAGCGUCUCCCGCCGCAACCCCAUUUACCCAAAAACCCAAGACCCAAAGCCCCUGCGCGUAAUCCUUCUCUCUCAAUUUCUGCACCAUAUCCAUGGCGCUCUCUGCAGCAUUCUACACAUCUUCACAACCAUCCCGUGCUCUUUUGUGCAGAACUCGUAGACCCAAUUUCUCUCAGACUGCAUGCUUCCAGAAAACCCUAACAAUUAGGGCUUCAACCACCCUGGACUACUCCAAGCUCACUGUGGGUGAAAAAUCUUCAGCCCCAUCAAAGAGCAAUAGUUGGCAAUGGAAAUUCAAGGAAAAUUCUAUUAACAUCUACUAUGAGGAGCAUGAAAAGGAGAAAGAGGGUCCUUCUAAGAACGUCCUUAUGAUACCAACCAUUUCUGAUGUAAGCACUGUUGAAGAAUGGAGAUCAGUAGCAAGUAAUCUUGUUCAGCAAGAUGGUAAUGUUAAUUGGCGAGCAACCAUUGUUGAUUGGCCUGGUCUGGGGUACUCUGAUAGGCCAAAGAUGGACUACACUGCUGAUCUCAUGGAGAAAUUUCUGGUUGACUUCAUCAAUGCACCUGAUGGUCCUAUAAGCGGCUCAGAAAAUGAUUUUGUAGUAUUUGGAGGAGGGCAUGCCGCCACUUUAACUAUUCGUGCUGUAAAACGUGGUGCGGUGAAACCUAAAGCCAUUGCUGCUAUUGCACCCACCUGGGCUGGUCCCCUUCCUAUUGUGUUUGGUCGAGAUUCUAGCAUGGAAACAAGGUAUGGACUGCUUAGGGGAACCUUACGAGCCCCUGCUGUGGGCUGGAUGAUGUAUAACAUGCUUGUCAGCAAUGAGAAGUCAAUUGAAUCGCAGUACAAAUCACAUGUCUAUUCAAAUCCGGACAAUGUGACUCCUGGAAUUAUCGAAAGCCGAUACGCACUGACCAAGCAGAAAGGAGCUCGCUAUGUACCUGCUGCUUUCUUGACUGGUCUCCUUGACCCUGUACAAACACGAGAGGAAUUUGUUGGACUCUUUGCAGAGAUGGGCAGCCAGAAGAUCCCAGUUCUUGUCCUGUCGACUGAAGGAUCUCCAAAGAGGUCAAAAGCAGAGAUGGAAGCUCUGAGGGAAGCUGAGGGAGUAAGUAAGUUUGUUGAGGUUCCAGGUGCUCUACUUCCUCAAGAGGAGUAUCCUGCUAUGGUUGCAGAGGAGCUUUACAAGUUCUUACAAGAGAACUUUUGAAUUGAAAAACUAAAGUUGGUUUUAGGUUGGCAGUUGUAUGGUUUCCCUAUACCACAGUUUUCCCACAGGUUAUGUUGCACUGGUAAUUUAUGCCGUAAGAAAGAUUUGAUGCCAAUAUGCGUCUGUACAAACAUUUUUCUCUUUCUUUUAAUGAUGAACUUGUGCAAAUUUAUAUAUA